AUGGGUGCACUUUAUUUCUUGAUCUCAAACUUUUGCACUUCACCUAACACAAAAACCAAACGCAAACCAAUGCAGACAGUUGAGAUCAAAGUGAAAAUGGAUUGUGAUGGAUGUGAAAGAAGAGUCAGAAAUGCAGUGGCUACAAUGAAAGGAGUGAAAUCAGUGGAGAUAAACAGAAAGCAAAGCAAAGUAACAGUGAAUGGUUUUGUUGAUCCAAACAAAGUGUUGAAGAGGAUAAAAAGUACUGGAAAAAAAAGAGCUGAAUUUUGGCCUUAUGUUCCUCAACAUGUGGUAACCUUUCCUCAUCUCACAGGAAUUUAUGAUAAAAGAGCACCAGCAGGAUAUGUAAAAAAUGCACAAACAUUUCCAGCAUCUAUUGAUACAGAAGAGAAACUCAUGUCAUAUUUCAGUGAAGACAAUGUUAAUGCAUGCUCCAUCAUGUAA